AUAUACAUGUUUAUACGAUAUAUGUUUAUAUCUUACGAAGGAACUUGAAAAAAUUUCAUCACAACAACAUCACGUGUACAAGCAGCAAGGGAAGUAUUCAGAAAUGCUUUCAUCGUUCAUACGUUGUGUAGAUCUUCGACCGACCGCAACCAUCGGAGUCAAAAGUAUUAAAUGUGCGAAGAGAAAAUAAGGUGUCAGUGUUUUCACAUGUUACAUUACGCGUGUGUAAUGUAGAGCAACAAUGUCACAAACAAGUUUAAUUUCUUCUACAUCCGAUAAAAAUCAACGCAACAGAUGGAAUGCUAUAAUUACCGGAUAUAAACAUAGUACGCCAGACUCUGAUAGAGGUAGACAAAUAAAGCCUCUAAGUUUAUCUUUGUCUCAGAUCGAAUCAACAUCUUCAACCGAGAGCAGAAAAGCUGUUGAAAAGAAAUUAUCGUCUUCAGUACUAGGAGAGAAACGAAAAAAGAAAGUAAAAAAAAUAUCAAGUAGAAAAAAGCGAGUGCUGAUUCGACGGAAAGACACUGAUAGUGAAUGGGAAACUGAUACGGAAGAAUCAAUCGGAUUUUCGGAUAACAAAAAUGUAACAAUCGGUGCUCAAUCUGAAACUUCGACAUGCAACGUCUCUUCAUUGCGCAUAAAUUUAUUUGAAAACAAAAGAUCAUCAAAAACAGGUCAAAAAGUGUCAAUCAAAGAUGAGACAUCUUUAAACGAUUCUCCGAUUAUUAUGUCAUCUAGAUCUAGAUCUAGAUUUAGACGUACAGAAAAGAAAGACAUUCAAAUCGCGCAACAAGAUAAGUUAUUAUCGGUAAAUUUAUCACCAACGAAAGCACAAAUCGAAGAAUCGAUCAAGAAUUUUGACAACGAAGUAAUCCAAUCUCAGACGCAAGCUUCGAUAAAUCAUGUUUUUUCACCGCGCAUAAAUUUAUUUGAAGAUGAAAAAUCACCGGAAACAGUUCGAGAUAUACCAAUAGAAAAUGAAAACCUUUUAAACGAUUCUUUGAUUAUUAUGUCUUCCAGACAGUUUCGGCAUAUAAGAAAAGACGACGUUCAAAUCGCACAACAAGAUGAGUUAUUGCCGAUAAAUUUACCACCAACAGAGACAGAAAAAAAUUAUUCAGGAAUAAGUGAAAAUGAAGAUGAAUUAAUAUUUUGUCGCAAAAGCAAUGUGAAGACAUAUCCAUCUGCACGGAAAGUAAAACCCGAUCGAUAUAUUACGGACUUCCUAUAUCCUCCGACAUUUUCAUUACCAUCAUUGAGUGAUAUAUUGUGGGAUCAAUUUAUUGGAAAGCGUCAAGAUGAGAGAACUCAGAAUUUAACGCGAGCGCCAAUAACGUCAUCGAGCGCUUCGCUUCCUGUUGUUUCUGCAAAAUCAAAAACAACUUUGAUUCCUCAAAGUAGUACAGCGCGCGAUCGAGACAAAACAUCACACAAACAGAACAAAGAUAUCAAAGAUUGGAAUAAUUCCGAGUAUGAAGAUAUAUAUAAAACUCGCAAACGUAAGACAGAAACUUAUGUUAAAAAUCAAACAAAAACUCAAAAAAAAGCCAAGACAAAAAGUGUAAAGAACAAGACAACAAGACAAAAAGAAAAAAAGACAUUAUUUCGACAUACACAAAGAGAAAGAAAUGUAUAUAGUCUUGAUAAUACUGAUGGUGAAUGUGAUACUGGUGGUGCAGAUGGUAGAAAAAUAACUUUUUCUGAAUUUCGUCAUCGUCAAAUGAUGAAGAAAAAAAGUUCGACAAAUUCUCACUUGAAUGUUGAAGAAGUCUAAAUAUGUAUUCACGAUAUCUUAUAUAUAUUUAUUUAUAUAUUUUAUAUAUUUUUUUAUAUAUUUGUAUACCUUAUUAAUUUAUAUUGUUUUUGCAUUUGUUCAGAAAUUUCUUUAUCUCUCGAUAUUUAUUUGUCAAUUCUU